CCUUCUUCCAACCAGCUUGUUCGAAUUGAGUAUCCCGGCCGUUCUCGAGGGUCAUGUCUGCUCUAAGAACACGUCUCCUCCAAGCCGCCAUACCUCUCGUACGAGAACACGGCUUCACCCGUCAAGCUCUUGCCAACUCCGUUCUGCAUCUUCAAGCAGAGUCACGCUCAGAACCGUUACCGGACACAGCUGUAACAACUCUCUUUGGUGAGGGAGAUAAUGCUCGCCGGACCCUCAUCGAUGCAUGGCUCGAAAAGGGCAGGAUUCAGAUGAAGUCGAGCGCUACUUCCUUGACGCCCGACUUGAAAGAAGUAUUGCGUUCCAGGCUGGGAUACAACGAGCCCGUUUUAUCUCUUUUGCCGGAGGCUUUCGCCCUUCUCGCUUCUCCCCAAAAUGGUCUUCCGCCACUCGACGUGAGGCCUGCCCUCCGUCAUGCCACGAGCGUAGCCAAUGACGCGUGCAUCGCAAUUCGCGACGAAUCCCUUGGUCCUUCAUGGUACACGCAGCGUGCCACACUAGCCACAAUAUACACAGCCGCUGAGCUUCACCAACUCACCUCGCCAGGAACUGCCCAUGCAUUCCUCGACUCCAUCUUCGACACGGCUGCCUCUCUUCGGACUGCGGCUAGCGAGGCUGAGCUCUACUCUCAAUAUGUCGUGAAAAGCUGGGCGGCUCUCGUCAGGAGUUCCGGUGUACUCUGACAUCUCUUUCUCUGAUCACGCCAUCGCCAUUCUAUA